GUCUGUGUCUCGUACCCACACGCGAACAUCACGCUCCGAUUUAUUAAAUCAAAACCCGUGGAAAAAUGGCAUACAAAGCCCUCGAAAGUGUUGUGCAAGGAUUAGUAGGUACCGUAGCAUCACUUACGACUAAAGUUAGUGCAUUGGAAACAUUAAUUUGUGACCAAAAUGCCCUAAUAAAAACCCAGUCACUUGCAAUUAACCAACUUGUUUUGCAAAGUACCUCCAAAACAUCGAGCACCACGCAGUCAGCAGCGGCUACAGCGCCACCGCAGCAAACAACGCGCCCAACACGCAAAAAAGCUACACCCACGAUUAGCGCUGCAGCCGCUGUCCGUGUUGGAAACCGAACAGCCAAUGCUAGCGCUAGCCCGGCGCUCACUUCGCGUAAAACGACUUUGUCCGAAGACGGCCGACAAACACCGAUCGCCACUCCACCAACGACGCCCUCAACACCAAUAACGGCCAUUACUAAUAACCUCGACAACGUUCCAAAUGAAAAACCGAAUAAUAACGAAAAAUGGACUACGGUCAGCCGACGCAAACGGAAGCCAUCAAUUGCUGCCAUCCAGGGCUCGGCACAAAAUACGACCAUCAAAGGAGUUGAUGUUCACAAACAUCUCCACGGUUGCUUCUUCAAGAAAUCGACGAAACCAGAGGAUGUAAUUGAACACCUCCGUGGAAUCCACGCAGAAGGAUGGUGCUGAUAUCCUGUGCCUAACUGAACACUGGCUUGAAACCUACCAACUACGUCAAGUGAACAUACUUAACUUGAAGCUAUGCGCCCAGUACUGCCGACCGUCCAGGGAAGGAGGGGGAGCAUGCAUCUACUCCAGGCCUUCACUGCUUACAAUCGAGCGAAAGGAAGUCGCUGAACUCUCCGUUGAAAUGCAUUUUGAAGUCUGCGCGGCUGAAUGUGUCGGUUUGGACCUGAUAGUGGUAUGCAUCUACCGCCAACCUAAAGGUGACUUAUCAUUAUUUUAUUCUAAAUUAAACGAAUUGUUUUCACUUAACACUAUUCAAAACUAUAAAGUCAUAAUUAUGGGUGACAUAAACAUUAAUCUUCUAGUAAAAUCAACUCAUUCUAAGUGUUUAAUUGAUAUUGUAAAAUCAUCAGGUUUUAUCUCUGUGAUUAACUUUCCAACAAGAAUCACUGAAACUUCUAAAACAUGUAUCGAUCACGCUUACACUAACGUACUAAAGUCUGAUAUUUUAUUAAAUGAAAGUAUAAACUUGAACAUUUCUGACCAUUUAGGUGUAAUACUAAUUUUAAACUUAUAUAAUAACUGUAAAAAAAACAACCCUACGUCCCAAACGCGUCUAUUUUCAGAAUGCAAGAUAAACGCUUUCACAAAUGCCUUAUGCAUGUAUGACUGGGAUUCAUUGAUGAAAAAAUAUCUUUGUCCUGGUGAACAACUCAACUCUGUAAUUAAUAUAACUAAACACAUGUAUGAUGUACAUUUUCCAAUUAGAAUUUAUCCGUCAAAGAGUUCCUCUAGUGCAUGGGUGAGCGACCGCGCCAGAUCCUUACGUAAACAAAUAUCUUCAAAAAAACAUGAAUUAUUAAAGCCGAAUUGUAACAUACAAACUAACGUUCAAUUACUUGAUCUUGAAAUUAAAUAUAACUCCGAGUUAUACAAUUCCCGAAAACAAUUUCUAAACAACUCGAUAACAAAAUAUGACGGCAGCAACAUGUGUAAGAAAGUAUGGCAAGUGAUCUCAUCCGAGACCUGCCGCACGGGUAACAACAAUGCACUAAACGUACUUGUUAGCAAAACCUCGGUAGAUACUGUAGACAGUGAAGGCGCGCGCGACGCCGCGGCUGCCACCGCCGCCGCCUUAAACCGAUUCUACAUAGAAGCAAAUAAUAACUCUGCUAAGCCGGAAAUAAAUAAGGCAAUCACAUUUUUAAAUACCUACUUACCAGACCAAAUACCAACAAUUUCAUUUAAAUGUUUUACUUUACUUGAUAUAUUGAAAGUAGUCAAAAACAUCAAACGUAAAAAAUCAAAAGACAUAUAUGACAUGUCUACUCUGGUACUUGACUAUUUACCCCCUGUAUUAAUAUCACUACUAUGUCAUCUAUUUAACGAGUGUGUACAGUGCGGUAUUUACCCCGAAGCUCUGAAAAUAAUAAAGGUUCAACCUGUCUAUAAAGGGAAGGGCGACAUGCAUAUCCUUAAAAACUUUAGACCAAUAUCACAAAUCCCAAUAAUAUCUAAGAUAUUUGAGAAUCUAAUCAGCCAACAACUCAUGUUAUUCUUCAACACAAAUAAUCUCCUAAACAAGCAGCAAUACGCAUACCAAGCCGGGCGAUCCACUGUGCACGCGGCUCGCGAUGUCUUAACCAAACUAAUGAGUCACCUGGACGCCGGCCGACAAGUCGCCGCCAUAUUCUGCGACUUAUCCCGCGCCUUCGAACUUGUCGACCAUUCACUAAUCCUAAACAAACUCAAACUGUACGGUGUUAAUGGUUAUUUUCUGGAAACCAUUGCAUCUUUUUUACACGAGCGUAAACAGAGCACACGCGUUAAUAAUGCACAAUCAAACUUAGAAACAAUAGGCCCCUGCGCUGUCCCCCAAGGAUCGGUAAUGGGCAAUAACCUGUUUCUAAUCUUAAUCAAUGACCUAACUACAGCGUCUGAAAACGUAGAUUAUGUUCUUUUUGCCGACGACGGUUGUGUAAUUGUUAACGCCGAAAGUUACGAACAACUUAAAUCUAAACUAAAUAAAACUAUCAGCGACCUAUCAAACUGGUUCGCUGCCAACGGAAUGGCGUUAAACGUUGAAAAAACAAACAUAAUUCACUUCCAAAUGAGAAAAACCCGAGGCCAUGAACUGAACAUCGUUUACUUUUUCGAGUUCCUGACUAUCAAGUGUUAUUUUGGUUACAUAACCAAAUGA